GCACACACAGCUCGCCUCGUGGAGCACGAUAUUAGAGAAGAAGUACGCUUAGACCAGUCUAUUUCUCCUAGCAAACGAUCAGUAUACAUGUUACAAAAUGGCGAGCACUGAUAGUGUUACGGUGAAGGAUUUCUACAGUCUAUUAAAAAAGGCACAAACGGAUCUCGGCAUUUCAGAUGAAGACAUUGGUAAUUUGCCAUCUGUUAAAACUAUAAAGUGGGAAGGGAAAAGAUGGACACAGAGAAAUGGUGGAAUACUUUAUGCAGCUUUUGCUUUUCUGGUCAUCUUUGGAUUGCCGUCCUCUAUGUACAUGACCAUUCGAAAUGAGACAGAAUUUGGAAAAUCUCUGGUUUCAAAAUACUACAGCUAUUAUGGAGAAGAAGGGGCUGUUGACGAGGAGUCUUGUCUUCAACGCAUGUCUGAGUUUAUGCAGGAUCCAUUCAGACCCCCUGUGGAUUGUAAUGAGUGCAGAAAUGUCACCGGCAUAAAAUAUGUUUCCAAUCUCACCCAUGCCGAGUUUCUCGACAACUACGCUUUCUCAAUGCAACCAGUUCUCAUAAAAGACGGCCAAGAUGGGUGGACCGCUAAAAAUACUUUCAGCUACAAAUAUUUCAGUUCAGUUUACAGUCCAGGUUCUGAGGCGCUUGAAAAAGUAACUCGUGAUUGCCAAUUCUUUCCAUACCAAACAAAAUUUCAAGAUAUCAGCGAAUUUUUUAACAUGACUGAGGAACGUGCCAGUGGUCAGGGUGCCCCGUGGUACGUCGGGUGGAGUAACUGCGAUGGCAAGGCUGCAAACGAGUUAAGAAAACAUUACAAACUUCCUUACUUCCUUCCUCCUGAACUUGAUCACAGCAAAACUGAUUGGGUGUUUAUGGGAUUGCCUGGAUAUGGUGCCAAUUUACAUAUUGAUUUUGUGGGUACUCUGUCUUGGCAAGCCCAAGUAAAAGGUAUCAAAAAGUGGAUUUUAGAAACACCCCCGGAGUGUUAUGGCACUUGUGUUACUCGAAUGGAAGUUAUUGUUGAACCUGGUGACAUAAUUGUUCUUGAUACCAACAAGUGGUUCCAUGCAACAGAAAUCCUUGGCGAAGAUCCAAGUAUUGUCAUUGGGUCGGAGUAUUACUAAGAAUUCUUACCAGUUACAUAAAACAUAAGACCUUACUUCUUUCAAUUUAUAAUUCUAAUGUUUAAAAUUCAUUUAACGUCUCGUAAAAGUCUUUUAAACGAUCUUGAAAAGUUUACAACACUGUCUGGAAGAGGCGGACUGGUUACUUUUGCGUUUGUAAAUAUUUGAUAUUUUUUUUAUUGCUCGAACUAUCACUAUUGCCAUUCUGAGAUUAUCAUGUUUGCUGUUUGUUCUUGUUGGAAAAGUUUUUCCGAGGCGAUCAUUUUAACUUUUGGGAGGUUUACAAUUUUUAUUACGCCGCUGCCCGUUUAUAUGUUCCUUAUGUGAUGACUCGAGUACACAUCGUUAAAAAGCUUUUAAGUUUGUGACGUCUUUAUUCAGAGAUUAAUUAUCAUGUGCACUAUGUUUGUAUGUAUGUAUGUGUGUGAAGGUACUAUCCAUUGACGACCUAUAUCUAACCAAGACACAUCUUCAGUUCAUUAGGGCAGUAUGUUUUGGAUUUUUUAUCAUCUAGUUUUCAAACUGCACGUCAGCUUUGUUCCACAGUGCCUUUGGUUUGGCACUAAUUAACAGUAGACACAAAGUCCUAUUUCCCCCUUUUCCGUUGCCUUAUUGUUAUUUUAAAUUAGCGUUGCAUCCUGGCUGUCUACAGAACUUUGUACUAUAGUCUAAAAUUCUACAUGAAACUAAAAAUGCUUAUUAUGUUUUUGUUAAACAUAUCCAAUUGCUGUUUCAGGCAGUUCUAUUUAAACAUUUCUUUUUUUUAAGUCAGUUUCAUAAAUACCACAUGGUACCUGUAUUGCUAAUUCAAACACAAAUUAUAUCGAAUCAACUGUAUUUUUCUUAAAACAUGUACAACCAUUUGUUUAUUCUGUUUUUUUUUGUACAUAAUCCGAAUCAUUUCAAUCCCAUUCACUGUUGUGUUGUCGUUUUCAUCCAGAUUUUGUUACCCAGAACCUAUAUGCAGGGCCCUUAUGUGUGUGUUAACACCAGGGCUUGAUCAAUUCGUCAGUUGGGACUCAAGUGCAAUAACUCCUGUAAAUAUUGUAAAUACGUUGGGUGAAAGAGUCGGUACAGUUCGCAUGUGUUACGCGAACGGGCCACUUUACAUCUAUGCUAUUUUUGUCAUUGUGAAAAUUAAUGUUCUGUUCGUUUGUAUAAAAUUCUAUUUUGUUCGCGUUCUAAUUGUUUAUGUCAUGCUGAAGAAAACGGAAUAAAUUAUUCAUCCAGAACUAG